AUGAGUUACGAAAACAGAGGCUACAGAUCACGUCAAGAAGGUGGUCGUUAUAGACAGAGUGGAGGAGGAGGAGGAGGAGGAGGAGGAGGAGGUGCUUAUCGCCGUAGAGAUGAAAGAAAAAGUUAUAGCAACCGUCGACCUUAUGAUCGACCACCUGAGUCACGAAGAAGUGACGAUUUGGAAGAUAUUGAGAUCAAACUCAAGGGUUUGAUCAUAAAGAUUGGUGACAAGUUUACACCCGAAUUGCAAGUUAAUUUAACCAAAAUGAGGAAUAUUCUAGACAGUGAUUAUUCAAAGUAUCCAGAAACUGUUGAAAACACAUUGACAGCUUGUGUGUGCGAACUUCCUGCCAAAGCACCUGUUUAUGGUACUUUGAUUGGCUUAUUAAAUGUAUCCAGACACGACAUUGUCGCUAAAUUGAUGAUCAACUUUAAUAAGGCUUUGGCAGAGGCUGUCGAGAAAUUAGAUUGGUUCAGAUUGAAGCAACUCUUGAGAUUUUAUGGUGAACUUGUCAAUUCUAAUACAGUUUCGCCAACAACAUAUGCUAAUCUUCUUUUGGACUUGUUAUCUGCUUUGGAUCAGCCUAACCAGCUUCGCAGACGAUUGGACAGCGUUGUGUAUAUCAUACUUUCCACUCUUCCUUGGUGUGCUCGAGAACUCAGUGAACGUGGAGCUUCUGAAUUCGAGCAGAUUUUGAAAAAGAUUGAGAUUUAUAUGCAACGUAGAGGGGACACAAAGGUACCGGGAUUACUCAAACAAUAUGAUGAUAAACGUUUUGAUGCGCUCAAGGAGGAUCCUUUAGCACAUAUCUGGUCUCUUACUCAAGAACUUCAAACAAAAUCAUGGAGAGUCCCACUCAUCCCUAAACCUCAUCGUUGGUUUGACAGUGAAUUCAGUUCUGCCCUUCAGCAUGAUAUACCUAGACUUUAUCUGGCUCAUCACAAGGACUCUGUUCAAUAUAUUACACCUGCACCUAGUCUAAAGCUCUUUGCCGAUGAUGCAGGAAACACAUUACCUGUUCUUCCUGAUCACGAAGGCCUUGAAUACUUUAUCCUUCAAGAGCUUAUUUCAGACAUUUUACACUUGUAUGAAGUAAACCGUAAAGAUUGUGCGAAAUACUUGUUGAACCUUCCACAUAACUGCGAGCCUAGAUUCUUUAAGCCCGCAUCGUCGGGUGAUGACGAUUCAAUGGAUGAAGACGAUGAAGAAGAGUCCUCUGGCUGGGUUUUGUCUGAUCUUUUAGCCGAGAGCGUAUUUGCACAUCUCCUUCGGCUUCCAUCUUCUAAUCUCCGUGAAGUGUUCUACUCUUGUGUGGUUACUGAACUUUGCAGAGCUGACGUAUCGACAUUCCCCAUGUCUUUGGGUCGAGCUGUCAAGACUCUUUUUGACCGUUUGUCAUCUUUGGAUGCUGAAUGUAUUCACCGUUUCUACUGUUGGUUUUCUCAUCACUUGAGUAACUUUGGCUUUCAAUGGGACUGGAAAGCAUGGGAACAUGCACUCACAAUGGAGCCAUUAGCCCCUCAAGCAUGCUUUAUAAGAGAACUAUUGGAAAAAGAAAUUCGACUAAGCUACUAUGAACGUGUCAAAUCAAUGCUUCCAGAAAACUAUCAUGUCAUGAUUCCAGCCACUGCCCCUGUACCCAGCUUUAAAUAUGAAAGUGCAGAGGAUCCAUUGCAUGCUAAAUCCAAAGAAGUUAUUGAUAGUAUUCGUACCAAAAAGAGCGUUGAAGAGCUAAGAGAUCUUCUUUCUCGAUAUAAAGAAGAGUUUGCAUCAACAGAUGUCUCAUCAGAAGUAGAGCAACAAUCAAUUAUCCGAGAAUUGUUCACCCAAUGUCUCUUACUUGUUGGAUCCAAGAGUUUCUCUCAUGUAUUGAAUGUGGUCGAACGAUACUUGGAAGUACUUCGAUUUUUGAAUGCAACUCCUGAAGGACGUCUUCAUACUGUACAAAUUGUUUCUAGUUUUUGGAAAGAUAACACACAGUUCUUAGGUAUCCUUGUGGAUAAAUUGUUGAACUACCGAGUUAUUGAUCCUGCCUCUGUUAUCACUUGGAUAUUUGAAUCAGAUCAAUUUAAGCAAGUUGGAAGAGCUUAUGUUUGGGAAGUGUUGAAGAAUACAUUAAGUAAGGUCAAUUCCCGUGUUGCACAGGUGAAAUCUAAGCUAGAUAACCUCCAAUCAAUUCAUGAGGUCAAUAAAGCAAAGAGAUCUGAAUCAGAAACAACUGAAAUGACUGAAGCCGAAGAGCAGCAAGAGUUGGAUUCGAUUCGUAUUGUCGAAAACUCACUCGCGACAGUGACAAGAGAAAGAAAAGAAGUGUUUUUACUUGUCUGCCAAAAGUUUACACAGAUGCUCAAGGCAAUUGAACAGGACUCGAGCUCGAAUCAAUGGACGAUCUGGUGGGCUUUUGGAUGGUACAAGGAGAUUCUUCGUGUGAAUUAUAAAGAAUGUAAAGGAUUCAUUACAACCCUUGAGACAUUAGUGUUUACACCAGAUUUGGAUAAGCGUAUUCUGGAUGUAUUUAAUGAAGUUAAGCAGCUGGCAGAGCAAGAUGAUCUUUUGAUAUAA